CCUGUCGCUAACUCUGGCGGGCGCGGUAUGGUUUUGAUUUUAUUUUUUCUCUUUUACAGCGCCGUCUUCAAAAUUCUCUUUGAAUCUGUAUCUGUACAUUACGAGAUCCUUACUUCACUGCCACUGCCACUGCCAUUUGUUCAAGCAGCUUCCUCUCUACGCAAUCGUUGAGAAGGCCGAAGCCAUCUACUGCAGACGAGGCGGUCUUUCCUGGUCGACAGACGACGACGACGAGAAACCACAGCGCCGCCCCCACUUCCUUCUGAGUACUUGCAAGGGUUCGGCGUGGAACAAGAAAGAUUCCCGCUCGCUGUCCAUCCCAACCGAGUCGAUCCAAGGAGGAAUAGGAUUGCUUCCGCAGAUUUGGACCCUGAACCAGCACGCCCCCCCUGGCUAGGCGCUUAUCGUUGUUUUUCCCCUUUCCCCAUCCAGUGUCUAUCAGUCAGUCGGUAAAUCUAGAGCCUUUUCCGAAGUCGUUGCUGUCGUUGCUGUCGUCCUCAUCGUCGCCCUCCGAUUCUCCCCAUACUGGUGAAGCUUCAAUUGCGUUUCAAGGCAUCAGAUGAAGGAGAUUCGGCCAUCCUUACGUUCACCUUCAUGACACAACUUCGGAGAUUCGCUGCCUCUUGGCAUCCCCUUAGCAGCGUCACCUAUACCACACUUUUUCUACUCUUGCUCUGGACAACAUUCCAGAGAUUCAUAGCUGGUCAAUCAGACCCGAACAGAUGUCGCGCACUAUUGACCGACGGCGCAUGGUCGCCUGCCACGAGCAGUUCGCACGACACGCAGAAAUGGGAACCGAACGGUUGUCGCAUGGUUGAAUACUCGAGUCAUGCCAUACACGACUGCUUAGCUGGUCGUAAAUUCGUACUCGCUGGAGAUUCCACUAUCCGACAAAUAUUCUGGGCUGCUGCUAGGAAACUUGAUCCCAAGUUAGCUGCGGCCGAGCUGAACGAGAUCGUCGCUGCAGAUGAAAAGCACCGAGAUCUUUCAUUUUAUGCCGAGGGUGUCAACCUAGAGUUCAUAUGGGAUCCGUGGCUAAACUCGACAAACCUAGUGGACACGCUUGAAGCUUUCCGCGCCUUACCUACAUCCGCGCAGGAAUCGACUCUCGUCAAGAAAGAAGAACAAUCACCAGCACUUAUAGUACUUGGCGCUCCUGGUCUUUGGGCGGCUCGCUAUGGCGGAGACGAGUACAUGACUUUGUUCAGGGAUGGAAUCAGCACGGUCUCAUCAUACUUGUCGUUGGCCUCGGAACACAGCACCUCGCGGUCUAGCUCACUAUCCGCAUUACCGAACAGCAACGAUGGUUACAACUCUGGACCGAACCAUAUAUUACUGACUCCUGUUCAAGAACCUGCUUAUAACUCCCUGUCCAACAAAAGGACCGAGACCAUUACACCCGAACGCAUCGAUGAGAUGAACGAUUAUCUCUCCCACUUGCCCUCAAAUCAGACAUCUCAUGUGGUCUGGGCCUUCAACCGAAUGACAGCCUUUUCAGAUAAGUCCUUUGAGGAUGACGGUUUACAUGUCGAAGACGCAAUAGCCGAUCGCAAGAUUGAUAUUGUACUGAAUGCCCACUGCAACAACCCGGCUGUAUUGGAAGACCGAGCUUUCAAAGGCACGUGCUGCGUAGAGGAACCCUCGAAUUACCUGUUCAACAUCGCUUUGAUCGUUUUAUGCGCUGUAAUGCUAUAUACGCCAAAAGCGCAAUCCAUGCCAAAAAUCAUGCGACCUGAGCUUCUCACAGCAAUCCGAGACAUACUCGUUACGUUGGCUUGGUGCUGGCUGUGUGAUGGCACACUCCAGUUUAGCAAACUAGAACGCCACUACCACCAGGGUGCUUUCAUUGCUAUUUGUCUCCUAUGGAUCGUCGGCAGCUCCAUAGUGUUUCGAAAGCACGUUGGGUCAGCAAGUGAGGUGGCAUGGUCGACCGGCAAGGACCCAAAGAAAGAUAUUCCACACAGGGACGAAAACAAAUUCCUCUCAAGGGACCAAACAGAUGAAAUGAAAGGUCUUAUGCAAGGCAUCAUCCUUCUCUACCACUUCAACUAUGCCUCUCAAACGCUAUGGGUGUACAAGCUUGUCAGAGUGCUCAUAUCAAUGUACUUCUUUCUAUCCGCCUACGGUCACACUCUAUAUAUUCUGAGGACACGCGACUAUUCUUUCAAGCGGGUAGCUAUGAUUCUCUUUCGCAUCAAUGCCUUAAGCGCUCUACUCCCAUAUAUGAUGGGCACAAGCUACUCGUCCUACUAUUUUGCCCCAGCAGUCACGUUCUACUACCUGGUUAUCUACAUAAUGCUCCGAACACUGAGGGAAAACAACGACGACCCGUGGCCGCUUGGGAUGAAGGUUAUGUUGACUGCUGGUUUUACUAGUGCAUUCAUCAUGACCCCUGGAUAUCUAGAAAUGGCAACACAGGUCCUUAGCACAGUUUUCCGAAUGUCGUUUGAUGUCCAUGAAUUACGCUUCCGGCUGGCGUUAGAUCGACAUAUCGUCUUCGUGGGUGUCACUGUGGCAAGCCUUGUACAUACGGCGACAAUGAACGACUCACGGGAACUCUUUUCAACGAAGGGGUCUCCUCCCUUGUUCGACUCGGGCCGCACUCGAUUUUGGAUAAUUUGUUCGGGAGGCUUGGCUUUGUUCCUCCUGGUCACACAAUGGAAUUUUUCCUCCAAACAGUCAUAUAACGCUGCCCAUCCGUAUAUAUCGUGGAUCCCUGUUCUAUCCCUUAUCACACUUCGCAAUCUAUAUACACCGGCACAAAACUUGUUCCUUGGCAUUCCAGCAGCGCUUGGCCGAAUAUCUCUCGAGACGUACGUCUUGCAAUACCACAUAUGGCUGGGUGGAGAUGCAACGGCCCGGUUGACUCUGGGUGGCUUUGAAAAUGCGUCGUUCCCUUUAUUCCUCGUUGAGAAAGCCUUAAUCACAACGCUGUUCAUCGGAUUAGCAGCGCUCACUCAUCGUGCUACUCGCACAUUAACGGGUACACUCUCCGAGUUCGGGUUCCUGGCGUUCCUGGCUGCAUUGUGGGUUGGCAAUCUCAUUUACACGUAGGCAUAGCGUGGCGUGCGUUUUUGGGGGUGUUUAAUGCAUAGAGAUAAUGGAUACUUUUUGAUUUUCGAAUUUGCGCUUUUCCAAACGACAAACGGACGGCAUAGGGUGAAUCGACUGUGGGAAUUCCAGUCGACUUCAAUACGGCUUUCACGUGAAAGAAACAUAGAACGAAGCAACCGAUACAGGGCAUCGCGUUGCGUGUAUAGGCGUCCUUACUCGAGAAACUCAUAGCAGAAAUGGGCAUGAGCAUAUCUAAUGAUGAAUUACAACUUGAGAGAGGGGGCGGGCUCGAAUUUGUUGCAUCAGCAUAUAGCAAGAGGCAGGCCGUGUUGACGGGCAGAGAUACCGCAAUACGAAGUCAAAGUGAGGUUUUGAGAUACCUCACUGUCUGCUCAAGUUUUUGGUGGCCCUUAAUGGAUGGAGUUGUAUGGGUUAUUAUGCCUUUUUUUCAGCAUAUCAGUGCUAUGUUACUGCUACUAUCUAUCUAUAGACCUCUCUAUAAGUCAGUGCCUUUUCUUCAAAGAAAGAAAGAAAAGAAAGGCCGGACUGGGAUGCGUUGCGUUAGUUGGCUGGACCUCAUUGUAUGGGGGCUCGGCAACACCUGCGCUUUGGUAGGAUAUAAUGUUAAUGGAUUAGAAAUGAUGUCAAGAUUCAAACAAUCCAAUUAAUUGAACCUUAUCGUUACGUACACAGUUGUUCCGGC